AUGACUGCAAAAGAGCAAUUUGAAUGGCGGAACCUUCUUCUCAUACUAACAGUUCUUCCUGCCUGCAGAAGUUUACUGGUUUCGAUCCCACAGGAAGAAUAUGAGGCCGCAAGUGGAGGAGAUAUUACUCUUACAUGUUCUUUUAUUCCGGCAAACCCUGAUUUUAACAUGCUGGUUGUCACAUGGGAAGCGUAUCCGGAUGUUGCCGAUGAUCCUAUGAAAACUGUGGCCACCUAUUUUAUAAAUAAUCCAGUUGACAUCGCACCCCCUUAUGAAGGUCGGGCAUUCAUGGAGGUGGAUCUUGCCAAACAAAGGAGCACAUUGCGUCUGACAAAGCUAACUGUACAGGACAGUCGUCACUUCCAGUGCAGUGUUAAGAUACCAAAUGACGACGAAGGAACUACCGCGGCCUCUACUUCCCUUCUAGUGCUGGUUCCCCCCUCAAAGCCUCUGUGCAGGCUCCAAGGAACAGCAGAAUAUUGGCACGAUGUCACUCUUACCUGCAUGUCUGAGGAGGGCUCGCCUAAACCAUCCUAUAAAUGGAAGAGCUACAGUGUCGAAAAUGCACCCAGGCAAUUUCCACCCAAGACUACUGAGAAGGAUGGAGCUCUUUCCCUGUUUAACAUUUCAAGAGAGACAUCUGGAUUCUACAUCUGCACAUCAACAAAUCGAGUUGGUUCUGAAAUUUGCAACUUUACCUUAGCAGUUUUGCCUAGCAGCAUGAACUUUGGAUCAACCGCUGGUAUAAUUGGUGGUGUCGUCGCUGGAUUAAUCGUACUUGGCAUAAUCAUCUUCUGUUGCUACAAGAAAAGAUCCAAAAAGGACAAGAAUGUUGAAGGAGAAUUAGAAUUUUCUGAUCAUCCUGAAGACAGAACUUCGUAUCGGGAUGAAGAGUCUAAUAGUGAAACAAAGAAAUCAGAUUACAAAGACGCUCUUCCUCAAGGCAGUCACAACACUGGAAAAGCUGAACUCACACUAGCAGAGGAUGGUUCCGAUAGUGUUCGAUAUCGGAGUGAGCCAGAUCAGCGUGAUCAAUACCGAGGAAGUCGCGACAGGCUUGACGAUCACCGCACCAGUCGAGAUCGCCUCGAAGAACGGAACGACUACAGGGGGAGUCGAGAUCGCCUCGAAGAACGGAACGACUACAGGGGGAGUCGAGAUCGCCUCGAAGAACGGAACGACUACAGGGGGAGUCGAGAUCGCCUCGAAGAACGGAACGAACGCAGAGGAAGUCAUGACAGGCUCGAUGAUCACCGUUACGGUGGUAAUAGCGAUCACUUUGAAGAUCGGAAUGACUACAGAGGAAGUCGCGACAGGCUUGGUGAUCCACGCGGCCGUUAUGGAGGAAGUCGUGAUCGCCUAAAUGACACCUAUGAGCGCUAG